GCAUCGUCAUCUGCACAAUCAUCCACUCGGAGAGGGAAUCGGAGAGGGAACACGGGAGAAUCGUCCAGUACCCACCCGUCGCAUCCUGUAGAUCUGUCCAUACGUUGAAGUCCAAACCUCCCUGUGAGACGUGGAUGUAAAAAGUGUUAAGAACAGCAUGACAAUCUAGUCUGCCGCACGUAUUUGCAAUCUCACAGGUUGCCCUUCUAUUCCCCACUGUCUGGUGCACCAUGUCGCACACCGCUGAAAGUGAAGCCGAAGCACUGAAAGAACUCCGACAAUAUUCUGCCCAUUGUCGUCUGAGGAUGUUUCAACAAGUGAGACGCAAUCUGCGGGAGCAUGACCAUCCGUUAGAUAUACAGCCCUCGGGUAAUCAGAGAGAGAAGAGUCAAAUUGAGCGUCAAGCUACCAUGACGGCCUUGGAUGGGGUGAGGAAAUUCAUAGGCACACUUUACACAAGAGUGAGGGACAAAAUUGCUUGAGGCUGAGCGGUGUCGACAGUAUUGUUUACCAGCGCACGCCUGGUGCAGCGCAAACUAAUUGGAAACGCUUUAUUCACGUCGCUAGUAAAUAGAUCUCAGUUCCAUUAACAGAGGUGGACUCCCAGGGAUUUCCCGAAGCUUUGGGUGUCGGGUGUGGUGUUGCGUUGUGCCGAUGUGGUUUGAAUGCCAGGCCAUCCGGAAACCUAGCCACAAUCGCCAACAAGUAAGCACAAAUGUGCAUUUUCGAGGCGCAGGGCUACGACCU